UCCGUCUCUGUUGAUAUUGCCAUGGAACUGACAUCUUUUGAGAAAGCAUCAGAAAUGUGGAGUCAUCUACAUACCCUCGGUAACCAACAAAAUCUGGCUCGAGAAUUUGAAUUGGAAAGACUACUUGCAGAAUCUAUACAAGCUGGAAAAAAUGUUCGUUGUUUCUAUUCUGCAUUACUCACAUUAUGGGCAGAACAAGAUCAGGUUUUUUCCGCCUCUAUUCCUGCGGCUGGAUUGAAGGAUUUCAUGACUACGAUGAAGAGGACAAGGACAGUCCAAUUUCUAAUGAAACUCAGGCCCGAGUUCGAGCAUUUGCGUGCUAGUAUUCUUAACGGGGAAAAACUACCAGCUUCGGAGGUGGUAGUUUCUGAAGUUCUUCGAGAAGAAACUCGGCUGAGUUCUCAAUCUUCGAUAAAGAAUUCCCUUACCAUGGACACUGCCUUGGCUGCAUACAAAAGUUCUUCUUCCUCGGGCAACUCUAAUAAGCCUGUUCAAUGCUAUCAUUGCAAGGAAACAGGGCACAUUAUUUCCCACUGCAAGAAGCGAAAUUAUUGCAACUAUUGUAAGAAAGAUGGUCAUAUUAUUCUGGAAUGUCGUAAGAAAUCUGGUCCAGGGAAAUGCUCAACUCCUCAUAAAGCCUUCCAAGCGAUGGCAAGGGAUGCUGGAACACGAGAAACACCAAGCACAAAAGUGCUUGAUCGUAAUGAUAUCUACAAAAUGAUACAAGAAUCAUUGGUGGCUGCUCUUCCUAAUGCAAUCUCUUCAGCUCUGACUGCUACUUAUCCUGAACAUAUUGACAGGGGAAACGAUGGCCAGGGGACGUAAGGUUGGCAGGCUGUUUCUUCUUCAAUCUCAGGAUACCAAACUCCAUCAGUGUUUUCUUUCAGCUUCAAAUAAAGAUAUCCAAUUUUCAAAUAAAAUGUGGAACUUGUGGCAUCUCCGUUUAGGCCAUCCACACGCUUCUCGGUUAAAUUUUAUGCUUAAAUCUUGUAAUUUGUUGGGCAAACAUUCACUGAUUUUUCCCUCUAAAUUACCUUGUCAAAGUUGUGCAAAAUCAAAGAGUCAUAAACUUCCUUUCCAAUUAAGCAGUACUAAUUAUUCUACUCCUUUUGAUUUAAUUCAUAGUGAUAUUUGGGGACCUUCUCCAAUUAUAUCUCGUUUGGGAUACAAAUAUUUCAUUCUAUUCAUUGAUCAAGUAUCUCGUUAUACAUGGAUUUUCUUCUUGAAACACAAGUCUGAGGUACCAAAUAUUGUCAAAUUUUUUUAUAACCUUAUAGAAACCCAGUUUGAGAAAAAGAUCAAGAUUUUUCGUUCAGAUUCAGGAGGGGAAUAUGUCAAUAUAAACCUCACUAAUUUUUUUCAAGAAAAAGGCAUAAUUCAUCAGCGUUCUUGUCCGUAUACACCGGAACAAAAUGGUGUGGUGGAACGUAAGAAUAGACAUGUUGUUGAAACUGCCUUAGCCCUUCUUGAUACUUCAAAUGUUCCAAAAAUAUUUUGGGUUGAAGCAAUCCAAACAUCUAUUUAUCUCAUAAAUAGACAAUCAUCCUCGAUCAUGAAACAAAAUUGUCCUUAUUUUAUUCUUUUCAAGAAAUUGCCUGACUAUUCACAUCUUAAAGUAUUUGGCUGUGUGUGCUUUGUUCUUCUUCCGGAUCAUGAACGUCAUAAAUUAUCUUCAAAAGCCGUUAAAUGUGUUUUCUUAGGAUACAAUGAUAUUCAAAAUGGGUAUUUGUGUUAUGAUUCAACACGUCGUUCAUUAAAAAUCUCACGACAUGUUAUCUUCUUUGAGAAUUCUUUUAUUUAUACUAACAAAGACUCACAAUUCUCUACUAUGUCUUUCCUGAAUAAAUUUUCUUCUCAUGAUACUGCUUGCCAUAGCCACCUUGCCGUUGGUCCUUCGUCGACCAUGUCCUCUAC